AUGGCAGGGAAGAAGGCGGCGCCGGUGGCGGAGGAGGAUGACGCAAGGAGCAAGUAUGGGGAGAUGAUGGAGAUGAAGAUGGUGGUGCAGCAUAAGGACUUGAAAGAGAUCGUGGAAACCAUUAAAGAGAGCUUUGACAAAGCUGCGGUGGCCGGAGAUCAGAAAAAUGUCGUUGGAAGUGGCGAUUACAAGAAAAAAAGAAUCGUAGACCAUAACGCGUCCCUCCCUCCUCCUCCAUCUGCGACGCCGUUGUCCUGCCCUGCCAAUCUGCCAUCCUUCUCACGCAACCGCGGUGGUGGCACGUUCCUCGUCACCAAGUCGCGAGUCCCUACCGCGGCGCUCUUCUCCGCGGUAAGAGUAAAGGACAUCAUUUUGAAGCGGAAGAUCGGAAAGGGAUCGUUCUCAGCGGUGUGGAGGGCAGAGCAUAGAGGCACCGGCGAAGAGGUGGCAGUGAAACAGGUCUUCCUCUCCAAACUCAGCCCUCGUCUUAAGUCAUCGUUCCACUGCGAGCUCAAUUUCUUGUCCUCCGUCAACCACCCCAACAUCGUUCGCCUCCUUGAUUUCUUCCAGUAUGAUGGAUGUGCGUACUUAGUGAUGGAGUUCUGUGCUGGAGGGAACCUUGCUUCUUAUAUCCGAUCCCAUGGGAGAGUUCAACAACAAACUGCCAGAAGAUUCAUGCAGCAGCUUGGUUCUGGUAUGAAAAUAUUACAAAGUUAUGGAAUCAUUCAUAGAGACUUGAAACCAGAGAGUAAAGCUAAAAUGAAAAAUCUCAACUCAAGAAUGGCAUAUACUGAACCUUACUCGAAUCAUAAGCUAUGCCCUUUUUCCAAGAUUCAGGUUGAUAUGGUUGUUGUUACUGAUGGGAGCAAAAUUUUGGGACUUGGAGAUUGGAGUUCAUGGAAAUGGCAAUCCAUUGGGAAGCUUGAUCUGUAUGUUGCAGCUGCUGGGAUAAAUCCUAAAGGGUAUAUGUGCAACAUUUUCCAUUUAUUAUUUCUUCCAAACUGUUCAAAUAUUGAUAAAAUAAUAGCUUUAAGAUAUCUGUGUUAA